UGGCCGCACGGAUUUACCCACACCACCACCACCACCACAGCCGGCGACGGCGCACACCGACGGAAACAAGGCAAGAUGGCGACGGAGGGUCAGUUCGAGUACGAGUCUGUCCUCUGCGUCAAACCAGAAGUCAACGUGUACCGAAUCCCACCGCGAUCAUCCAACCGUGCCAUCAGGGCCGCUGAUUGGAAGCUGGAUGCUCCCGACUGGUCGGGACGCAUGCGAGUGGUGGCUCGCGGGAAAGUCGCCUAUGUCAAGCUGGAGGAUAAAAUAUCCGGGGAGCUGUUUGCCCAGGCACCAGUGGAUGAGUACCCCGGAAUCGCAGUGGAAACAGUGAGCGACUCGAGCCGGUACUUUGUACUCCGCAUCCAGGAUGACAACGGCCGCAGUGCCUUCAUCGGGAUCGGGUUUGGAGACCGAGGUGAUGCCUUUGACUUCAAUGUUGCACUGCAGGACCACUUCAAGUGGGUAAAGCAAGAAAAUGAAUUCAGCAAACAGGCGCAGGCUCCAGACUCGGCUCCGAAGCUUGACCUGGGCUUCAAAGAGGGACAAACCAUCACGCUCAAUAUUGGGCAAUCCAAAAAAAAGGAUAGAACUCGUCCACAGAGUUCUGGUGGCCUCGGACUCCUUCCACCUCCCCCCGGAGGCAGGCUAGCCCCACCCCCGUCCUCCCGAUCAAAUAAUCAUAACACGCAGCCAUCUGUGGGAGGAAAUGACACAGGUUGCUUGCUGGAUCUGGACUCCAGCAACUCCAACUUGGUGGCUCCGUCCAAUCCGCCCGUGAUGACCGGCUCAGACCUGUGGGGUGACUUUGACUCCCCGAAGUGGCCCGAUGGGGCACUGGGAGUGGAAUAAGCAUUGCUCGGAAGACGUCAUUCUACUAGUGCACCGAAUCGUCUCACAUGUGAGUACAACAUACAUAGACCUUUUAAGUUGGGUAUCCAGGAUAGCGCAUCCAUGCUCCGCCGGCUUUCCGUGGCCCCUUUUGAAGGGCCAUUAAACCUGCUUGACACGAUCCAUGAAACGCACGCUCGUCACAGGCAAUGAAAAGUGAGGGCACAUAAACAUCGAUAUGACUCAGCACAUGCGUGCACGUGUGAA